GGCUGCCGACAGUCGGUUUCAUCAAGUCACAUUGUAGCUCCAUAGCAACGUUACCCUUGCAGACAGAUCCAGACAUUACUGAUCCCAGCACCGAGGACUGACUGCCAUACGCAGACGCGCUUUUGCUGGACGCUUGAAACAUUGCACUGACGUUAACACUACAACACCAGACGCACGUUUUACAAGAUCUUACUGCUGGCUGGAAAUACAUUGCACCCUGUCACACGCUUGGCUUUUAUAUUUCUUUGUAUUGAUUUUUUCUACGAUUUUGCUACUUACACUGCAGUUAAGCGUGAGUUACUGGUAGCUUUGGAAAGCGUACUGAGGUCGGGGGGCACUGUUGUUGUAGCACAUGAUGUACACGAUUACUAGAGGUCCCAGCAAACUUGUCACACAAAGGAGAACAGGUCCCACGCAGCAAAUCGACAACAAGAUCAACGACGCAAAGCACAAGCAGAAGCAGGCGCCUUGGCCAGUAUCAGACAGCCCAGCUCAGAAGCUCGUGUUCAACCGGGUAAACGGAAAGCGCUCCCAUACACCAGUGCCACAGACAGACUCUCAGGGCGAGGGCUACACAGCAGCACACCAGGACAAUGUCAACUUUGUAUACGAAGCCUGGCAGGAGGUGGAGCAGCGGCUGGGACACUCGCGAGGGGCAGAGAACGGGCAUGGACCUGUACAGUACACAGAGACGUCACCCAGCCCCAGCUUAAAGAAUUUUGUCCCAGUUGAUCUGGAGGAGUUGUGGGCGCAGCGUUUUUUGGCCAAUAUUGUGAAUCUGUCCUGAAGGGCCUGUCCAGGCCCAGAUCGGGGAUCCGGGUGUCUACCCUUGGAUGAUGGAAACUCUUUCUGGACCCUUGGAACCACCUUUGGAGGAAAGAGAAAUCGGACCAAGCCUGAUGCAGCUCGGGUGACCGCACUGUCACAGCCACAGCCACACGUGGCCUAACACUGGCCUUGCACCUCGCUGAAACUGCCCAUUACGGUGUUUUGUUUUGUUCGUGAAACAAGCUCUGUUGUAUCUAAAGAAAAAAGAUAUCUUGUCUGGUAUUUACUAAAAAAAAGAAAAAAAGAAAAAAAAAGAAUACAGAAGUAAAGCAUAUUUUCUGAA